GAAGCGGCCCCCGGUCGGCGGCUCAGAGUCACUGCCCGCAGCCUGCGAGCCGGAGCUGGAGAUGGUGUCCCACGCUCCCCGGGAUUUCAACAAACGUGACCAGCAUGCGAGCGGAGGGGCAACAUGACAGCAAAGAGCCGAGAGAGGAGCACCUCGCUGUCACGUCUUUCCGCUCUCUUCGGUCCGGACGGGGGUCUUUUUUGCUACAUUGUCUUAGCUGCUGCCUGCGCGCUGUGCUAUAGUAACUCCCUGCGAGGGGAAUUCGUGCACGACGAUGUGUGGGCUAUCACUAACAAUCCCGAUGUCAGACCGGGGUCCAGCUUGCGAAACAUCUUUUUCAACGACUUCUGGGGGAAGAGAAUGGCCGAUAACACCAGCCACAAGUCCUACAGACCGCUGUGCAUUCUCAGUUUCAAGCUGAACAUCAUGCUGGGCGGGAUGACGCCGUUCUACUUCCAUGUGGUGAAUGUGGUGCUGCACUGCGCCUCCACGGCGCUGCUGAUGCACACGUGCCAGUGCGCCGUGUUCGCCGACGGGCGGCCCGCCUUCCUCGCAGCCCUGCUCUUCGCCGUCCACCCCGUUCACACAGAGGCGGUGUCUGGGAUUGUGGGACGGGCCGACGUCCUGGCCUGCAUGCUGUUCCUCCUGACGUUUCUCUCCUAUAUUAGGAGCGUGACUGGGAGCUGUCCGGGGUCCGGCUUCCCUCCCACCGUGUCACCCUGCUUGCUGAUCCUGAGCCUGCUGCUGGGCACCUGUGCUAUGCUGGUGAAGGAGACAGGGGUCACCGUCUUCGGCGUGUGCCUGCUGUAUGACGGCCUGGUGCUGUGCCGCAAGCCCCUUGUCGCGCAUCUGUCCUGUGCGAGGAUGAAGGAGCUUCUGAAGCUGGCGCGGCCUUUCAUCAAGCGAGCUGGUGCGGUCUCCUUCUACGUGGCAGUCAUCCUGGCCUUGCGUCUGUGGCUCAUGGGAGGCUCCAUGCCCCUCUUCUCCGAACAAGACAAUCCAGCCUCAUUUUCGCCACACCUCCUCACCAGAUUCCUCACCUACUGCUAUCUGCUAGCCUUCAACGCCUGGCUGCUGCUGGCCCCAGUCGUGCUUUGCUAUGACUGGCAGGUCGGCAGCAUCCCGCUGGUGGAGUCCGUGUGGGACGUGCGCAACGUCGCCGCCCUGCUGCUGGGUGUGGUCGUGGUCGGCCUGUGCCUGCACUGCCUGGCCUCGCUGCAGAGGCUGGAGAACCAGGAGCUCUUGGUGGGUCUGCUACUGCUGGUGUUUCCCUUUAUCCCGGCGAGCAACCUGUUCUUCCGCGUGGGCUUUGUGGUGGCCGAGCGCGUCCUCUACAUGCCGAGUAUGGGCUACUGCAUCCUGGUGGUCCACGGGCUGAACCGGCUGUGGGCUCUGGGGGGCAGGUGGGGCUCCACGGCCCUCACUGUCUCCAUUCUGCUGCUGCUUCUGCUCUUCUCCUGGAAGACAGUGCAGCAGAAUGAGGUGUGGCUAUCCCGCGAGGCGCUCUUCAGAUCCGGCAUCCAGACCCUGCCUCACAACGCCAAAGUGCACUACAACUACGCCAACUUCCUGAAGGACCGGGGGCGCCACCUGCAGGCCAUUCAUCAUUACAGGAGGGCACUGGAGCUAUAUCCACGACACGCCAGCGCCAUGAACAACCUGGGCACGCUGACACACCACCCAGUGGAGGCCGAGAGCUACUACAGGAAGGCCUUGGAGAUCAACCCCCAGCACAACCGAGCCCUCUUCAACCUGGCCAACCUGCUCAAGACUCAGGGGAAGGAAGAGGAGGCGGAGCGACUGCUGAAGGACUCCAUCCGAUUCGGGCCACACUUCGCGGACGCCUACUCCAGCCUGGCAUCGCUGUAUGCCGAUCAGAAGAGAUUUGCAGAGGCUGACGACAUCUACCUGCAAGGCAUCGAGAACUGCCCAGACAGCUCGGAUCUGCACAACAACUACGGAGUUUUUCUCGUGGACACAGGUGAUGGGGAAGGGGCAACUGUCCACUACCAACAGGCCGUGCGGCUCAAGCCCACGCACUACGUUGCCAUGGUGAACUUGGGUCGGCUGCUGCGCUCCUCAAACAACAACAGGGAGGCUGAGGCCUGGUACAAAAAGGCACUGCAGGUGACGCAGAAAGUGGAGAUCCUGACCCCCUUGGGGGCGCUGUAUUACAACACAGGCCGCCACGAGGAGGCGCUGCAGGUGUACCGCCAAGCAGCCGGCCUUCAGCCCGACAGCACCGAGAUCUCGUUGGCGCUGGCACAAGUGCUGGCCAUGGCGGGUCAGACCGGCGAGGCGGAGUCGAUCACCUUCGAGAUCAUCUCGAGGAACGCGGCCUGUAUCGAGUGCUACCGCCUGCUGUCCGCCGUCUACAGCAAGCGGGGGAGCUCCCAGGAGGCACUCGAGGCUCUGGACAAAGCCCUGCAGCAGGAACCAAAGGACCGCGGCGUUAGAGCUGAGCUGCAUUUCUCCAAGGGCAACCAGCUGAGGGAGAUGAACCUGCUGGACCGUGCCUUCCAGAGUUAUAAAAUGGCUGUGGAGCUUAAUCCCGAACAGUCACAGGCCUGGAUGAACAUGGGAGGAAUCCAACAUAUCAAGGGGGACUACGCCGCAGCCCGGCUGUACUACCAGCGGGCCUUGCAGCUCUCCCCGGGCUCCAGGCUGCUCAAGGAGAAUCUGGCGAAGCUCGACCGGCUGGAGAAGAAGGUGAACGAGGCGUAGCGAGGCCCGGCUGGUUAGUUCGGAGGAAGGGUGACCUGCGGAGGAGGAGCCAUCCGACACAGACCCCGGUCUGCCAGUCAGUGCCGACGGGAAGGAGACGCGGCCAAGUGGCCUGCUGGGGAGGGGGGUCAGGGGUCAGGAGCCAAGGGGUGGGGGCUGUGACCACACAGGGGACAUCAGAGGACAGUGAGGAGCAAGAACAGACCCUGGAGUCAAGCGGUAUGAAGGACUUGGUUUACAGAACCUGUAAUGAACCAGGUCUUCCUGUGAAAGUCUGAAUAAGCUUUAAAGAAUCAUUAUAAAUGCUGUUAACAAAAAUACUAAACAUUCUUAAAAAAUGGUCAUUUUAUUUAUCUUUAUUAAUCUCAGAGAAUUGCUUCAUUUUUUACUACUUAUAUCGUUUAGCGAGAGUUAGUCUGUUAAAUGUCAAUGAAACAUUGAGGUACUAAUAAAGUUAGAAGAAGCUGGAGCCCGGUACAGCUUUACUCUUUACUUACUCUGACAGCCCCCCAGUCCGGGUCUCCGUUUAGCUGUAGAUGUGAUAAAGUCUACACAGAGAUUUCUCAGAAUAACCUUCAUUUCCACCAAAGCGGAAUGUUAAAUAGAAUCAGCGGGGGGGAAAAAAUACCAGUGCAACGAUCGUGAGAUGAACUUAGAUCACAAUAGCACCUCUGCUGAUAUUUUUUGUUCGCUCUCUAUCUCCAUAAAAAACACGAAGAACCAGAAUUCUACCUGACGAUGGCAUUUAUUUUCCCACGCCUGAAUGUAUGUAGAUGUACGCUUUUGUUCCUCUCACUGUUUUAAGAUGACGGUGACAUGAUAACGGCGUCAUAGAAAGGCUGUGAUAAGCAUAUAUUAGCUUGGCCUCUGGAUGGUCUAAAGUUUGUGGCCUGUUUUUCAAUAAUAGUAUUCAGCUGUAGGAGGGAUAUUGGAGGGAAAUUUCUGUAGCUCGUUUACAGAGAUGCCUGCAGACGGGAAUAGACUCACUAGGCGUCUUCACGUGUUUCAGCGAGAAAUCAGCACUCAGAUGGGACCUGUUUUUUUCUCAAGGAGGAAAAAGCAGGUAAUUUGUCCCUAAAAAAGCAAAUCAAAGAACAUUUCAGGCAAACCAAACCCUCAUUCAAGCAUGCAAGUCCCCACGGUUUGAUGUCACAUGUCUGCAUAAACGUUUGUGUCACUAUAAAUGAAAACGUACCUUAUGUUUGGGAUAAACAAAAACUCUUUUGAAAGUCUGUGUUUUAUGCUCUUGAUGUUUAAGUAAUUUCUUGUUAUAAUUUAUGAAUGAAGUAAUAUUUUUUAUAUUUUCCAAGAGCAUGCCAAGUAAUGACCAAACUCUUUGAAGUGCAACAGUUUUUGUGUGUGUGCUCUGAUUUUAUUUAUUUAUUUCAUGCAAAAUUAAUGGCUUUUAUUAUUUUUUUUUUUGGUAACCUGAAUGUGUAAAUGUUUACUUGUGAAUUACGGUGUUGCUGAAAAUGUAAGGUUUGAUACACUAAAUGAGUGAAUUUGAUGAAGGUUGGUGCGCUGAAUUUUCCAGUCAUGUGACACUUAAGAUUUGGCCAAAGGACUGAAACAAAUCAAUACAUUUUAUUUUUCCAGAGUAUAUAAAUUAUUGGACACGCAUUUGAUUUAGUGCAGUAAAGUAACUUGGAUGAACCCAGAAGUGUAUGUUGCACUACAGGGCUUCACAAGGUUUAUGUCCCAUUUUUAUUGUACAUUUAUUCGUUUCUUUUUCUUUCUAUAUUGUAAAGAAACACUGUGUUUGUUUGGAUUACUUUGUUCUGUAAUAAAAUUAUAUUUUGUCAGCA